AUGACAGGCAAGUCUAGGCCUUAUCAGGCAGCCUUGGAGGAGGAUUGGGAUUACCUGAAGAAAUUCUUCAAACAAGAAAAUGCUUCUGCUUUGUCAAUUCCUCUAACGGCCGCCAGGGACACUGCAUUUCACUUGGCAGUUUUCAGCAAUAGAAAACAGCCGCUUGAACAUUUACUUGAUAUUGCCAAAGAAAACCCUAUGGCAAUGUAUGCAUUCUCGGCAAAGAACGAGUACGGAGACACAGCUCUUCAUGAGGCUGCUGCAAAUGGGAACCUUGGGGCGGUAAACCUUCUGGUGAAAUACAAUGAAGAGCUCUCUAAUGAAGAUGAAGAAACUGAGUUCCUUGAGGACAUUAAUGGCAAAGGCAAAACCCCGCUGUUUAAAGCUGCUGGAUAUGGGAGAACAAAAGUGGUGAAGUUUUUAGCCUCAGAGCAAUUUAAACAACUGAUCAAAGAAAGAGAAUAUAAAAUUACAGAAACAGGAAUUAAAGAAGUACAAUAUACAAAGUUGAAAGACAUUCACCGCCAAUUAAUAACCCAUAUCAAGAGAGAGGCUAAACCUGAACCUUCCAAACCGCCUAUACCUACCCAAGAAGAAGAAACCAUAGAAGUGCAUGGACCCUCCAUUCUGCACGUUGCCAUCCGAGGAGAGUAUUUUGAAACGGCUCUACUGUUACUGAAAUUGGAUAAAGGCUUAGCAACAUUGGAGGACAAAAAUGGCUGGACCAGUCUUCACCUGCUAGCCACUAUGCCCUCUGCUUUCAAAAGUGGAUACCGAAUGGGCACAUGGAUUAGCAGAGUCUUCUACUUCUGCCUUCCAAUCAAUGAUAGGAUAGAUGAUGAAAUGGGGAGUUGUUUUAAUCUUUUCAAAGGCUUUCGUUUCGGUGAUAGUGUAGAUGAUAAAGAGCUUUGUUGUUUAAAUCUCUUUAAAGGGUGGUGGAUACUGGGAAAAAUCUGUUCACCAGCGAGAAAAAUAUGCAAAGCAAAGAGAAAGCAUAAACUUGCUUCUAGGCUUGCCAAGAGCCUAACAGAAGAAGAUGAUUCAUGGAUUGCAGAAGUCAUCCGAACAAUGUCAUCACCUGAUGCUGAUGAACAAGGAAAUAUUCAAGCUAGAGCACCGAUUGAAGAAGAUUCUAAGCCAAGCCCUUUGUUUAUGGCAACUGAAAAAGGAAUAAUAAAGAUUGUCAAAGAGAUACUUAAAUUCGGCCCCCAAUUAAUUGAGCAUAAGAAUCAUCUAAAGCAGAACAUAUUGCAUGUGGCCAUUAAGCACCGUCAGAAGAAGAUAUUUGAUCAUGUGAAAAGGAUGAAGAUACCAAUGAUAAGGUUAGUCCGAGGGAUUGACAAAAAUGGCUACACCAUUUUACACCAUGCGGCAAACACGAGGGAUGACAGUAGAGAAAUUCACCCUGCAGGACCUGUAUACGAACUGCAAGAAGAGCUAAAGUGGUACAAACGUGUAGAGAAGAUGACGCCACCCCACUUCCUCAUGUCGCGAGAUUCAGAGUAUAAAAAAACUAGCAAAGAAGUUUUCGAUAUGAAGCACCAUGAACUCCUGGAGGAAGCACAGAAAUGGAUAAAAGAGACUUCUCAAUCUUGCUCUGCAGUGUCUGUUCUUGUUGCCACCGUUGUCUUCGCAGCUGCCUACACCGUACCUGGAGGUUCCAAUGAGAAAGGCUAUCCAGUCUUCCUCAACAACAAUUUCUUCUUGAUUUUCACAGUCAUGGACGUGGUUGCUUUAGCCUGCUCCUUGACCUCGGUGGUGAUGUUCUUGUCCGUCCUCACGUCACCUUUUCAUUAUGAAGAAUUUAUUCACAGGCUUCCUCGAAAACUGACAAUAGGCUUUGCCUUGCUCUUCGUUGCUUUGACUACAACAAUGCUUGCAUUUGCGGCAACAUUAUUGCUGAUCGUUCGUUUCGAAAAGCCACGUUGGACCACCACUCUCAUUUACACUGCCGCAUUUCUUCCGGUCAGCAUAUUUGCACUCACGCAAUUCCCCAUGUAUGUUGCUUUUCAGUUAACUUUGCUCAAGUUUUAUAGGUGGAUUAAGAAGGAUCUUCGUGGUAAACAGUUUAAGAAGUGGCUGGCGACCAAGUUUCAAUGUUAUAAGAAGAAUGAUGAUCAUGAGACUGGACCCCUAGUAUGA